CUAGACCCUAUAUAUACUCCUCCGCCCUGCUCCACCACACACAUCCAUACAGACUUACAGACAAAAUAAUAUCUUCUGCUCUUCUACCAUAACAGAUCAAUCUCCUCUCCCCCAUCUACUCCUGCUGUCCCCGAAGAAAUGGCGCCGGUGAAGCUCCUUGGACUCCCCAUGUCGACGUGCACUGCGCGUGUGCUGGCGUGUCUCCAUGAGAAAGGGAUAGACUUCGAACUCGUCCCCGUCAACCUCCCUGCGGGCGAACACAAACAGCCUCCUUUCCUUUCCAAAAACCCAUUCGGUCAGAUUCCGGCCCUUGACGACGGUGAUCUUACACUCUUUGAAUCUCGUGCAAUCACGAAGUACUUGGCUACCAAACGCAACGACGUAGGCCCUGAUCUUCUGAGGCUGGGUGAUGCCAAAGAAGCAGCAUUUGUUAACGUCUGGUUAGAAGUGGAAGCGCAUCAGUACAGCCCACCAAUCUCUGCUCUGGUUUACCAGAGAGUAGUGCUCCCUGUCUUCGGUGGUACACCUGACGAGAAAGUCAUCGAGGCCAACGCCGAGAAACUGGGCAAAAUACUGGACGUCUACGAAGAGAGACUGUCUAAGAGCAAAUACCUGGCCGGAGAUUUCUACAGCCUGGCGGAUCUUCACCACCUGCCCUACACUUACUAUCUGACGAAGACCCCGGAGGCGAAGCUCAUCUACUCCAGGCCGCAUGUGAAGGCAUGGUGGGAGGAUAUCUCUUCUCGUCCGGCCUUUAAGAAGGUCGCCGAGGGAAUGGUAUUGGGAAACGCCUAGAAUGUCAACUGUUUUGUUUCUUUCCCUUGCCGGACAAUGAAAUAAAAGGCGGAUUCUAUUUUCGUUUUCAGUUCUCA